AUGGUAAUAGAAGGAACUAUCGUGGCCAUUACCAUUCUCCUUAUUAUUCCCAUAGCGGUCUAUUGGAGAAAAAUCCCGGAGGCUCCUGCUCCACGAGUAUACACUUCACAAGCCCCUCAACAAGAACUUUCGCCUAUUCAAUCACCCUCUAGCGAAUGGAAGAAAACUAGCAUCAGCAAAAUGGCAGCAUUGCUAAGCCAUGUCACAACCGGAUUUGGUAAAGGCAAGAUGCGGAAGCGCUCCCAGAACGAUUGGAAACCGGGUCGUGGCUCCUCAUACGCAGGGAUAGUGUCUUUAAUCCAAGGCCUCAACGAACCCUCUUUUCCGCGUGACUAUUUCGCCUUCCUUCAACUCAACGAUUUAUCGAUUUUUUUCACGUACGAGAAUGGGCCUCUCUUACAAUUUCACGACGUAGAAGGAGUCGGAUGGGAUGAGAAUGGCCUUGAAAUGCGGACCUUUAUGGAAUGUCUGAUCGGAAAAGCAGCUUUCAACGCCGUCGUCUCCGAGAUAGAAUGUAUUGAAUCCCUUAUGCCACCAUUGCGAGUGUUACGCAUAGAAGUACUUAAUCGAGUAUGCCUCAUCGGACCUGAAGAUUGUCGGCGAAUAGCCGAAUUCUGGGAGUCUCUACUAGCCCACAUGAUUGUAUCCGAUGAUGCUAAGAAGGAAGCUUCCCGUUAUUCUAGAAAACACUUUGGAUGCGCUUCUCCGUUCGUGAUGAUGAAGUCCCAGUGA